AUGCCUUUGCCAUUCCUCCGCAAUCCAAUGGUUCCAGUUGCUGGAAUUCCUCUGCCGCCACCACCAGUUUAUCCAAUGCCUUAUCCGCCCCCAUACCCAGCACCUUACCCUUCACCAUAUGGUUCACCUUACCCUCAUCCUAUGUCACCCCCUUUGCCUUACCCUCCAGCUAUCUCACACCAUUUGCCUUAUCAUUCACCCAUAGCACCGUCUUUCCCGUCUCCUCUUCCAGCUCCUUACCCAGGUCCGCUACCAGGACCUUUUCCAGGUCUUCCACCACAUUUUUCAUCCCCCUUCCCUGUGCCACCGCGCAGAGGCAUCGGCUUGGUUCCUGGUAUACCAGGCUUGGUUAGUCCCGAUGGUGGAAUAAACAUAAUGCCAUUCUCAGAUGCCUACUCCGAUAUGCUGGAGAAGCAUAAACAAAAGAUGAUCAGGCGACGUCUACAGAAGAUGCUGAGCGAAUAUGACAGACCUCCGUGGAAGGCACACAAAAAGACGAGGCGAUCAAACGGAGAAGAGGAUGUUUAUAUUUAUAAACCGAAUGAAAAUGUAAUUGAUUGA